AUGGCACUAGACAACAGAUAUAACUCAUGGGCAGAUCAGUGGGAUACAGAGCCAGAGUACUACAAUGGUUAUCCAGGAAGCAAGAGCAACCAUGGUAGUGGUGGUGGCAUUAAGAGUAAGGUAGGAGAAGGGUUUGAUAAGUCAAAAGCGGUAGCAGCAACGGGGAUGAAGAAGUUUGGAAUGGAAGGACAAGUGGUGGCUAUAGCUCUCAUUCAUCGCUUAGGAUGCACUGAGUGGGAAAGAAUCACCAGUGGUACCAGACUACCGGCGGUACCAUGGCUCCGCCCCACAAUGAAUUCAGCUACCUCAGGCUUGGCCGGCCUCACCAGUCACCACCACCUUCAACCCGUUCAUCUCUUUCUCUUUCAGCUUGAACCAUAUGCAUCAAAACUUGAACAGUGGGAGUGA